CGGAAGGCACCUUUGAGUGUCGGAGCUAGAAGCAUACGCCCGAGGCUUAGGAUUGUGGAUUUGGAGCUGGCAGGGUUCUCCAAGUCCAUCUGGUCCGGUCCAGUCUCAUAGAUGAGAAAGCCUCCAUAGAGGUUAUCCAUGUACAGACAGUCUUCCGCAUGGGUAUAGACAAGACAGAGCCAGGACAGGGACCCCGUUCUCCGGACUCCUAGUCCAGCGCUGUUUGCUCGGCGUCCCACGCCGGGAGAGGGGUAGCCACGUCAGCAGGGCCACUGUCGUGGAGAGAAACAAAAGAACGACGUUGUCAAAGCCAUAGCUACCCUACAUGGAUCAGGGUAGCAGACAGUGAACUCCCCGGGGGCCGAGAACGUUUGCGGUUUUGCCUUUUUCAUGAGUCCUUGAACAGCACCUGAUGAAGAAAUUGAGGCUCAUCCAAGUAAAAUUACUUGCUCAGAGUUACAGCAUGGCUGAGAAGAAGGCCGACCCUGGCUGAUGCCCUAAAUAACCUACUGUGAGAGGAUGCAGCUUGGGGAGCCAUCCCAGAAAGAUGUGCUGAGGUUCGCAGUAGUCUGCCGCUCCUUGACGUUGGUCCUCCAGGCUCUGUUCAAUGUGCUCAUCCCUGAUCAUGCCGCAGACGCCUUCUUGCCACCCCGCCUGGAGCCCACCGGUUUUGAGGACCAGCUCGUGGAGUGGCUCCUGGGGGGCUUGUCCCGCUGGGAUGCGGAGCACUUCCUCUUCAUCGCAGAGCACGGCUACAUCUACGAGCACAGCUUUGCCUUUUUCCCGGGCUUCCCCCUGGCCCUGCGCACAGGGGCUGAGCUGCUGGGGUGGCCGCUUCAGGGGCUGCUCACCCUCCGCAGUCGCCUCUUGCUCACUGCUGCCCUGCUUAACAGCCUGUGCUCGGUGCUAGCGGCCUUGGCACUCUAUGAGCUGGGCUGCCAGGUGUUGCGCUGCCACCGCCUGGCCCUCCUCUCGGCCCUGCUCUUCUGCCUCAGUCCCGCCAAUGUCUUCCUGGCGUCGGGCUACUCCGAGAGCCUCUUUGCCCUCCUGGUCUUCAGUGCCAUGAGCCAGCUGGAGAGGGGCCGAAGGGGCUGGAGCACUCUCCUCUUUGCCUUCGCCACUGGCGUGCGUUCCAAUGGGCUCAUCAAUGUCGGCUUCCUUCUCCACACCCAGUGCCGGCACUUUUUGUCUUCUCCUUCCUCGGGACCCCUUCCUGGGACCCUGUGGAGGCUGCUGAGGCUGGUGGCCUUUCUGCUGCUGAUGGCCCUUGGGAUUGGCCUUCCCUUUGCUCUGUUCCAGCUCUAUGCCUACAGCCAGUUCUGCUGGCCCCAUUCACCCCGCCUCAUCCCAGCGCCCUUUUUACAGCUGGCCAAGGACAAGGGGUACCGGGUCCCAGCAGGCGACCAGCCCAGCUGGUGCACCUGGCGCCUGCCCCUCAUCUACAGCUAUGUCCAGGAUGUCUACUGGAAUGUAGGCUUCUUAAGGUACUUUGAGCUCCGGCAGGUGCCCAACUUCCUGCUGGCAGCACCGGUGGUAGUGCUGGGGGCCUGGGCAGCCUGGAUCUAUGUGACUGCCAACCUCUGGAACUGCCUUACGCUUGGGCUUCUGAGGAAUGAGGGCAGAGGUGACAAGAAGUCGGGGAAGCCUCCCCCCGGAUUCCACAGCCCACAGGUGUUUGUGUACGUGGCCCAUUCUUCCGCUCUUCUGCUGUUUGGAGCCCUGUGCAUGCAUGUGCAGGUUCUCACCAGGUUCUUGGGCUCCUCCACUCCCAUUGUGUACUGGUUUCCAGCUCACCUGCUUCAGGACUGGGAGCCCCUUUUGUGGACUCAAGAGACUGUUCCUGGGAAGACCCCUGCUGUGGGCUCUGUGGUGGGACCAGGGGCCUCAAAGAAUCCGAUUUGGGGCCUUCUCUGCAAAUGGAGUGCUUGCUCUAGAGUCACAUGGGCCAUUCUGGGCUAUUUCCUCUCUUACUGGCUCCUGGGACUGCUCCUGCACUGUAAUUUCCUGCCUUGGACAUGACCCAGAGCCCCAGAGGACAGCCAGGCCAGGCUACAGACUUUCCCAAGGGGCCUGAAACUAGCAAAUCGAGUCCUGGGCGUACUUGAAAUAGAAGUCCUCAACCACAGUGCUUUCGAGCAAGUUGCUUGAGAUUUCCAAGGACACGAAUGACAGGCCCUUUGGCCAAGGUUUUCUGCCAGGUCUUAUGUGAAGCUGGGUCUGUCUGAUCAGCCCACCCUCAGAAAGCUCAUUAAGCCUCCCACCUGCCUACUUUAUGCUACUUAAUAGAAUCUCACAAUCGGAAAGGACUCCAGGGCUGCAGCCAGGCCUUCCUGUGCCUGAGUCACCACCUCCUCAACACUGUCUCUUCUCCACUUUAAGAGCACCGGUGACUUGGUUACCAGUACCCCUUCCCAGCCAUUUGAGCCCCUAUGUCCUUUCCUAUCCAGGACUCAUGGAAUAAACCUGUCUCCAAUCUUUGUAGCAUCUGUCUUCUCCUGGCAUCUCUGUUCUGGGCUGAGAGGGCAGUGUGACCUCCCCAGGAGGAUGAAGACCAAUGGAGGUUUUCCCAGUGGAGGGGCAAGGCCAGAGGGCUACCUGGCUGAGGAACACUAGGGAUUCACCCAUGCUAUAGCAGGGAGCAGCACUGUCCAGAAAGUGUCACCUUCUCUGAUAACCUUGACCUACUGAAGCUGGAAAUAUAAGUAUAAGAGCACCCCAGGACUCUCAAAGAAGAGAGCCAGAUUAAAAAUGGAGUCCCCAUUCUCCCAGGAGUACCAAGUCGGCUGGUUUGUCAUCAUCCUGCUGCUUAACCCUUGGCGAAAUCACUUCCCUUUGCCAAGACUCAGUUUUCUUUUCUGUAAAAUAAAGGACUUGAACUGAAUACCAUCUCAAGGCCCUACUGCCUUAACAUCGGAUUAUUUUAUGACUAAGAUAUCCUCUUGCUGCUCUAGUAGGAUCUGGAAACCAAAUGGAAAUUUAGAAGGAGUUCAGGAACAUCUGUCUGAGGAGGAGGAGGAGAGAACCUCUGGAAUGGGCAGAAGUGGACAGACCACAUGUAAAGAGAAGUGUUUCAGAAAAAAUUUCAGGAAGUGUGCUGAUUCUUGUUGUUGUUGUUGUUGUUGUUGUUGUUGUUGUUUUUGCGGGGCAGUGUGGGUUAAGUGAUUGGCCCAGGUUCACACAGCUGUGGGGCUGUAGAAGCCCAACACCACAAUCUAGAGAACUGGACCAGGUGGAAAAUUAGAUGUCCCAGCAGCUGAAGCAAAGUAAAGCCCAGGAAGAAAUGGAGAUUACCAUCAAAUAAGAGAGAGGAAGGUCAGAGGGACCUCACAGAGAAGAGACUUAAGGAAAAUGGUUACAGAGCCGCUGCAGGUGACUCCCAUAUCACCACAUCUACUGCCAUCACCUCCUGGGUGCCCCAUGGGUAGCUUACAGUGUUCAAAUCGGGUGGCUAGGUGUUGCAGUGAAUAGGGCACUGGCCCCUGGUGUCAAGAGGACCUGAGUUCAAAUCUCAGACACUCAUUAGCUGUGUGACCAUGGGCAAGUGACAACACCAAUUGCUUUAAACA